GAUGGAGGAAAAUGGCCGCCGGGUGUGGUGAGGGCGACGCGCCGAAAGCCGGGGUCUCUCCCUUUGCCGUCUGCUGACAGCGCCUGCGACGAAGCGGGCCCUUUCCGCCCGAGCUGUGGGCGCCGUCCCGGGGCCAGGCCGCGAGGCGGAAUCUUGAUUAGUAUAGAUGGUGAAGGCCUGAAACAAAGGCACUGUGAGUGGGGUUGGCUGAUCGCAGACAUCAGGAGACACACUGGGCAGAAAAUGGCAACUGCUGUGCUCCGGGGAGAGCAGUGGCUGCCAUGGUGGAGUGGAUGUGAGAGUGGUGCUCCAGAUGGAGGGAGCAAGGCGGAGCAAAGGCAGGUGUGUGGAGCAGCACAGCAGGUAUUGGAAUAAAGAUAACUAUAGCUUUCUGUGAAAAUGUCAGUCCUGAUAUCACAGAGUGUAAUAAAUUAUGUAGAAGAAGAAAACAUUCCUGCUUUGAAAGCUCUUCUUGAAAAAUGCAAAGAUGUAGAUGAGAGAAAUGAGUGUGGCCAGACUCCAUUGAUGAUAGCUGCUGAACAAGGCAAUCUGGAAAUAGUGAAAGAAUUAAUUAAGAAUGGCGCUAAUUGCAAUCUGGAAGAUUUGGAUAACUGGACAGCACUUAUAUCAGCAUCAAAAGAAGGGCACCUGCACAUUGUGGAGGAACUGCUUAAAUGUGGGGCUAACUUGGAGCACCGCGAUAUGGGUGGGUGGACAGCUCUCAUGUGGGCAUGUUACAAAGGCCGUGCUGAAGUGGUUGAGCUGCUGCUUUCUCAGGGUGCCAAUCCGAGUGUUACUGGUCUGCAGUACAGUGUUUACCCAAUCAUUUGGGCAGCAGGGAGAGGCCAUGCAGAUAUAGUGCAGCUCUUACUGCAAAAUGGUGCUAAAGUCAACUGCUCCGAUAAGUAUGGAACCACCCCUUUGGUUUGGGCUGCGCGGAAGGGCCAUUUGGAGUGUGUAAAACAUUUACUGGCCGUGGGAGCUGAUGUCGAUCAAGAAGGAGCUAAUUCAAUGACUGCACUUAUUGUGGCAGUAAAAGGAGGCUACACGCAGUCAGUAAAAGAAAUUUUGAAGAGGAAUCCAAAUGUAAAUUUAACAGAUAAGGAUGGAAAUACAGCUUUGAUGAUUGCAUCAAAGGAGGGACAUACAGAAAUUGUACAGGAUCUACUUGAUGCUGGAACAUAUGUGAACAUACCUGAUAGGAGUGGAGAUACUGUGUUAAUUGGCGCUGUCAGAGGAGGUCAUGUGGAAAUUGUCCGAGCACUUCUCCAAAAAUAUGCUGAUAUAGACAUUAGAGGACAGGACAAUAAAACUGCUUUGUACUGGGCUGUUGAGAAAGGAAAUGCAACAAUGGUGAGAGAUAUCUUACAGUGCAAUCCUGACACUGAAAUAUGCACAAAGGAUGGUGAAACACCUCUUAUAAAGGCUACCAAGAUGAGAAAUAUAGAAGUAGUAGAGCUGCUGCUGGAUAAAGGGGCUAAAGUAUCCGCCAUAGAUAAGAAAGGAGACACUCCUUUGCAUAUUGCUAUUCGUGGGAGGAGUCGGAAACUGGCAGAGCUUCUUUUAAGAAAUCCCAAAGAUGGACGGUUACUUUAUAGGCCCAACAAAGCAGGCGAGACUCCCUACAACAUUGACUGUAGCCAUCAGAAAAGCAUCUUAACUCAGAUCUUUGGAGCUAGACACUUGUCUCCUACUGAAACAGAUGGUGACAUGCUUGGCUAUGACCUGUAUAGCAGUGCCCUGGCAGAUAUUCUCAGUGAGCCUACCAUGCAGCCACCCAUUUGUGUGGGGCUGUAUGCACAGUGGGGAAGUGGGAAAUCCUUCUUACUCAAGAAACUAGAAGAUGAAAUGAAAACUUUUGCAGGACAACAGAUUGAACCUCUUUUUCAGUUUUCAUGGCUUAUAGUAUUUCUGACCCUGCUCCUUUGUGGAGGGCUUGGUUUAUUGUUUGCUUUUACAGUUGACCCAAAUCUUGGAAUAGCAGUGUCAUUGAGCUUCUUGGCUGUCUUAUAUAUAUUUUUUAUUGUCAUUUACUUUGGUGGACGAAGAGAAGGAGAGAGUUGGAAUUGGGCCUGGAUCCUCAGUACUAGAUUGGCAAGACACAUCGGGUAUUUGGAGCUCCUCCUCAAAUUGAUGUUUGUGAAUCCACCUGAAUUGCCAGAGCAAACCACUAAAGCUUUACCUGUGAGGUUUUUGUUUACAGAUUAUAGUAGGCUGUCCAGUGUAGGUGGAGAAACAUCAAUGGCUGAAAUGAUUGCCACCCUCUCCGAUGCUUGUGAAAGAGAGUUUGGCUUUUUGGCAACCAGGCUUUUCCGAGUAUUCAAGACUGAAGAGUCACAGGGUAAAAAGAAAUGGAAAAAAACGUGUUGUCUCCCAUCUUUUGUCAUCUUCCUUUUUAUCUUUGGCUGCAUCAUUGCUGGAAUUACUCUUCUGGCUAUAUUCAGAGUUGACCCAAAGCAUCUGACAGUGAAUGCUGUCCUCAUAGCAAUUGCAUCCAUAGUGGGGUUGGCCUUUGUGCUGAACUGUCGUACGUGGUGGCAGGUGCUGGACUCUCUUCUGAAUUCUCAAAGGAAACGCCUCCAUAAUGCUGCCUCCAAACUGCACAAAUUGAAAAGUGAAGGAUUCAUGAAAGUUCUUAAGUGUGAAGUGGAAUUGAUGGCUAGGAUGGCAAAAACCAUUGACAGCUUCACUCAGAAUCAGACAAGGCUGGCGGUUAUCAUCGAUGGGUUAGAUGCCUGUGAGCAGGACAAAGUACUCCAGAUGCUGGACACUGUCCGAGUUCUUUUUUCAAAAGGCCCAUUCAUUGCCAUUUUUGCAAGUGAUCCACAUAUUAUUAUAAAGGCAAUUAACCAGAACCUCAAUAGUGUGCUUCGUGACUCAAACAUCAAUGGACAUGACUACAUGCGCAACAUAGUUCAUCUGCCUGUUUUCCUCAAUAGUCGUGGCCUAAGCAGUGCAAGAAAAUUUCUUGUAACUUCAGCAACUAAUGGGGAUAUUCCAUGCUCAGAUAAUACAGGGAUGCAGGAAGAUGCUGACAGAAGAGUUUCACAAAACAGCCUUGGAGAGAUGACAAAACUCGGUAGCAAGACGGCCCUUAAUAGACGGGACACUUACCGAAGGAGGCAGAUGCAGCGCACGAUUACGCGGCAGAUGUCCUUUGAUCUUACAAAACUGCUGGUUACAGAGGACUGGUUCAGUGACAUAAGUCCUCAAACCAUGAGGAGAUUACUUAAUAUUGUCUCUGUGACAGGGCGAUUACUGAGAGCCAAUCAGAUAAGUUUCAACUGGGACCGGCUUGCUAGCUGGAUCAACCUGACGGAGCAGUGGCCAUACCGAACUUCAUGGCUCAUAUUGUAUUUGGAAGAGACUGAAGGUGUUCCAGAUCAAAUGACGUUAAAAACCAUCUAUGAAAGAAUAUCAAAGAAUAUUCCAACAACUAAAGAUGUCGAGCCACUGCUUGAAAUAGAUGGAGAUAUAAGAAAUUUUGAAGUGUUUUUGUCUUCAAGGACCCCAGUUCUUGUGGCUCGUGAUGUGAAAACCUUUUUGCCAUGCACUGUAAAUCUAGACCCCAAACUGAGGGAAAUUAUUGCAGAUGUUCGUGCUGCAAGAGACCAGAUUAAUAUCGGAGGACUUGGGUAUCCCCCACUACCUCUGCAUGAAGCUCCCCCGAGACCCCCGUCAGGCUACAGUCAGCCUGCAUCCGUCUGCUCUUCUUCCACCUCCUUCAAUGGACCAUUUGGAGGCGGGGUUGUGUCACCACAGCCUCACAGCAGCUAUUACAGUGGUAUGACAGGGCCCCAGCAUCCUUUCUACAAUAGGCCAUUCUUUGCCCCUUACCUUUACACGCCAAGGUACUACCCUGGCGGCUCCCAACAUCUCAUCUCACGUCCAUCAGUAAAAACGAAUUUGCCCAGAGAUCAGAGCAAUGGCCUAGAGGUUAUCAAGGAGGAUGCUGCUGAGGGGCUUUCUUCACCCACAGGCUCCUCGAGGCCGUGUGACUCUGGGUUUAACAAACAGAGACAGGGAUCAGGCCCAGCCGCAGGAACAAUGUCACUGAAUUCAAUGAAUGUGGAUGCGGUUUGUGAGAAACUGAAGCAAAUAGAAGGGCUGGACCAGAGCAUGCUGCCUCAGUAUUGUGCGACCAUCAAGAAGGCGAACAUAAACGGCCGUGUGUUAGCGCAGUGUAACAUUGACGAACUGAAGAAGGAAAUGAGUAUGAAUUUUGGGGACUGGCAUCUUUUUAGAAGCACAAUACUAGAAAUGAGAAAUGCAGAAAACCAGGUGGUUCCUGAAGACCCACGUUUACUGAGUGAAAACAGCAGCUCAGUUCCUCACGGCGAGUCUGCCCGCCGCUCCUCACACAACGAGCUGCCUCACACUGAGCUCUCCAGUCAGACCCCCUACACCCUGAACUUCAGCUUCGAAGAGCUGAAUACGCUCGGCCUGGAUGAAGGGGCUCCACGUCACAGUAACCUGAGUUGGCAGUCACAAACUCGCAGAACCCCAAGUCUUUCGAGUCUCACUUCCCAGGAUUCCAGUAUUGAAAUUUCAAAGCUGACAGAUAAGGUGCAGGCUGAGUAUAGAGACGCCUAUAGAGAGUAUAUUGCUCAGAUGUCUCAGCUAGAGGGGGGCACGGGGUCCACAGCAAUGAGUGGCAGGUCUUCCCCACAUAGCACGUGUUACAUGGGUCAGAGUUCAUCCGGGGGCUCCAUUCACUCUCACCUAGAGCCAGAGAAAGGCAAGGAUAGUGAGCCAAAGCAGGACGAGGCCAGGAAGUCGUUUCUGAUGAAGAGGGGAGAUGUGCUCGAUUACUCCUCAUCAGGAGUUUCCACUAACGAUGCCUCCCCCCUGGACCCGAUCACCGAGGAAGAUGAAAAGUCUGAUCAGUCAGGCAGUAAGCUUCUCCCGGGCAAGAGGUCCUCAGAAAGGUCAGGUCUCUUCCAGACGGAUUUGAAGCUGAAGGGAGGUGGACUGCGCUAUCAGAAGCUGCCAAGUGAUGAAGAUGAGUCUGGGACGGAGGAAUCAGAUAACACCCCACUGCUCAAAGAUGGCAAAGACAGGAAGGCUGAAGGCAGAGCAGAGAGAGCGUUGAAGUCUCCAGAACACAGCGCGGAGCCCAUUAGAACCUUCAUCAAGGCAAAAGAGUACUUAUCAGACGCCCUCCUUGACAAAAAGGACUCUUCUGAUUCCGGAGUGAGAUCCAGUGAGAGCUCUCCCAACCACUCCCUUCACAAUGAAGCCGCUGAUGACUCCCAGCUCGAAAAGGCCAAUCUCAUCGAGCUCGAAGAUGACAGCCACAGUGGGAAGCGGGGAGUACCACAUAGCCUGAGUGGCCUGCAAGAUCCUCUUGUGGCUCGGAUGUCCAUUUGUUCAGAAGACAAGAAAAGCCCUUCUGAGUGCAGCUUGAUAGCCAGCAGCCCUGAGGAAAACUGGCCGGCAUGCCACAAAGCCUACAACCUGAAUCGCACCCCCAGCACCGUGACUCUGAACAACAACAGCGCUCCGGCUAACAGAGCCAACCAGAAUCCUGAUGAGAUGGAGGGCGUGAGGGAGACGCCCCAGGUCAUCCUGAGGUCUGGCUCCAGUUCCCACUCGACGGCUGUUCAGAAUGAAAAUCUAAAAAGCAUGACGCAUAAGCGAAGCCAGCGUUCAAGCUACACGAGGCUCUCGAAAGAUUCUUCAGAGCUCCACGCCGUAGCCCCUCCCGAUAGUACAGGCUUUGGAGAAGAAAGAGAAAGCAUUCUUUAAGAAAAACAAGCAGAAGUAGAAUAUUGUUACUGCACCCCUGUGACAGGACUGACAGUUUUAUGGUGACUCCGUCCGCGCACGUCAUCUUUGUACCUUGCACUCACAAGUAACUAAUGGAGGAGAAGGUCUUUGGCAAAAGAGACAUGCACUGUACAACAGAGGGAAGUGUAAGAAAGCCUGCUUCAUCUGUCAGCCCCAAUUGUCUUUGUAAUUAGAAGCUUAAAACCCCAAUGUUGUUAUUACACCUUCCAUUGGCAUAUGUCUGCAAGAGAAGAUCUGAGGAUAAAGAUCGGUCAGAAAUAGUUAAUUAAAUAUAAAGGGCUUAAUUCGCCAACAAAAAUCAAAAGCUAGAGACCCCUUUCAUAGAAUAUUUGUUAAUUAAAGAUUUGAGGGAAGACACAUUAAAUGAACCAGAAGCACAUUUUGCUCUUAAGGGGAAAAAGGUAAGAAUUUACAGGUCAUGGAAUGGCCGAGAGACUAAAGGUUAAUGCUUUGUAAGUUGGGAACCCAUGUUCUAUAUAAUAGACAAAGUGCUUAUCAAAGCAUUUUAAAAUUUUAAGUAGAAAAUAUAAACAGGGCUUUAAAAAUAAGAAGGUGAGUCAACAGUGCCCAAGCAGAGCCCCGGGAACUGGGCCAUUCUGAGCUGCUAGGAGAGUGGCCCGUGGGGGGCGGGGAGGCGGGGAGGCGAUCACCUCCCCACGACCUGGACGCUCUUCUCUCCAGAUCCCAGGCCUGGCUUCAGGCUCCAUCCACCUGCCCGAGAAGCCACCGUGCUCUACUCUGUAACUCCUGUCAAUUGUGUGCUCAGUUUUCCUUAGUGAGCCGAGCAGUGAGAGGGAAAGCAGUGAAUUCUUUCUCUGGGAGAGUCAGGCAGACGUGGAUGGUAACAGGCACUAAAGUGUCUGGAGUGGGAGGGUGAGGGAAUCAUUACAUCAGCAGCGUAGUGACAGUUGACAGGUGACAGGGAGAUAUUUCAUUAGGGAAAAACGAGAUCACUGCCUUCUGUACCAGGGCAGAGUUGAUCUGCUUGGUCUCUUCCUAAAUCAGCAUGUUAAUUCUGGGAGAGUAUCGUAAGAAAUACUUGGAGAAAAAGCUUGAAAAACAUGUAACAAAGCAAGGCUAAAAGGAAGAUAAAUCUGGUGUGACUUUUCCUUCACUCUUAGCAGAGUUAAGAGAAUGGUCACAUUUAAGUAUUGUGUGGAUUAGAGGUGCACCCUGUCAUCGUGCAUCCACAUUUCUUUGGUCAUUUUAAAUAGCUUAUUUAUGUAGAAUAAUUUUGGCAGUAUAUCUUCAGUCACAGAUAAGAUUGUAGAUGGUGAGAUUGUAGAUGAGCAGUUACCUAAAUUUAGUGUUACAUUUUUGCCGUUUUUCACUUACUGUCUUUUUAUUAAUAUGCUGAAUAGUUUAUUUACUUGAUCAGUCUUUGCAUUAAAGAGUUGCUCUUUUGGGUUUCACUGCCCCGAUGUUUGAGUGUAAUCUGACAUUUUCAUAAAGUACUUAUUUUGCAUGACCUUAACAAAUGUUUUAACUAAUUGAAAAAGAAGGCAGGAUGUUGUUGACAUUGUAUGUUGAAAUGUUAACGUUUUUAGUAUUUAUAGUGUUUAUUAGUUUGCAGUAUUGUGUAAUUAGUAAUUAUUUCAGGGGCAAUAUUUUGCUCCUUUUCAGGUGAGUAGAUGCAGCUUAAUAUCAUUGUAGUGUAUGCUUUACUCUGUUUGUGAAGUUAGUGCCAGAGUGUUAAGUGUACAAAUAGAUUUAGAAAACAAUAAAAAAAGUUGCAUGCUAUUCUGAGUCAUGAAUUUUUAUUCACUAUAGUGAUGAUGAUUGACAUUUUGGUUAAAAAUAAAAAAAGUGUGUGUGUGUGUUUUGUCAAAGGUGUGUAAAAGUUCGUUAAAGACGUUCAGGUUCAUGUAGCAGUCAUGCAGCUGGCAGGAGUGUUCUGAGCUGCUCUCACUAGUCUUUUUGAGAGAGUGUGGCUCUUAGGUCCAGUGCCUGAAUGGUGCUUUUGUGAAGCCUUAGUGUCCACAGCACAGCUCUGUACCGUGCAUUUCUGUAAUAACAAGCAAUAGGUUUUCCAGAUCUUGGGAGGGUAUCAAUUUAAUUGUUGUAUGAACAUUCUGGAAAAGUUUGCUUUUUCUUAGUGUUUUAGAAAUUGACAAACCAGAUGGGUUAUUGAGUCACACCAUCAGCUCUGAAUCUGCGUGUCUGUGUGUAUGUAUCUGUAUCUAUUUAUAAUCUGUAGCUCAGCCUCUCUCACAUAUGCAAAACUCUGCUUUAAGCUGGGUGAAAAAUGAUAAAAAAGAAAGUCAGUGCUCUAAAUUUGCUAGUCCUUUAGGUUCUGCCUCAGUUGGAGUCUUGCCAUGUUUUAUAAACCAUUUUACCUUCACUUUAAGCCACAGAUAGUUCUGUCCAUGCAGCUAAUGUUAAGGCAGAUUCAUUCACCGUGGACGCAUGGAGUGGUACCUGUGAGGACAGCCUUCCUGCAGGAGAGACUCGAAAAGAAGCUCUUGUUCUCUCUCAAUUGAUACAACUUUCAUGAUGCUGAGUGUUUAAGGAUCAGCUCUCAAAUUUGAGGAAAUUUAAAAUUCAAAACCAACAUUUUCAGUAUUAACAGGAAAACUUGUUUUUGUGUUAUAUUUAUGUGAGUUUUACAUAGUAUCAGAAUAAUUUUAAUUGUGUAGCCAAAUUCAGAAACUUAUUUGCUAAAAUUAUUAAUCUUAAGAACUCUUGCAUGUUAUAGUUCUGAGUGCAGUAUAUUUGUAAUCAUGAUUUUUUUCCUUACAAACACUAACCAUUAGAAAAUAUUUUCGAAUGAGAUUAAAUCCUUUAUCCUUCUGACUAAAAUACUAACUUUAAGAGGUUUUAAGACUACAUAGUUUUUGGCUAUACCAGGAAUUCUCAGCCUAUUUAGAAGUACCCUAGAGUUUAAAAAUCCCUGAAUUCCUGGUUAACUCUUGAGUAAAUCCACAUAACUACCAGGAAAAGAGAACUGAAGGCUACCAUUCCCUCUACUUUGUGAACGGGUGAUGUUGAGGGAAUUAGGAGGUAAAAAGGGAAGGAGCAAUCAGAUUAACUUCAUUGACAAACACUUGAGACUGAAUAUCUAGGCUCCUUCACCGCCCACCCUUCUAGAAUUGUGCUGACACUUGGCGGAAGGGAAGAAGCAGCAGCGGAGGCUUCUUUGCUUGGGGGCGGGGUGGGGGCUGACCAGCCUGGGUGGGCUGUCUGAAAUGAUUGCAUUUUAAAUUUCCAGGUUAUGGUGCCCCUUACCCUUCCCGACCUCAGAAUCCUGAGCAUAGGCCCUAAUCAUGCAGAUGAAUUGAAAAUUAGAAACUGAUCUGUGACCCGGAGCCUGUGCUCGGAUGGUCUUUUCAUGGCCCAGCACUUCGGAAAGGUUGAGAAUCCUUGGUUGAGACUUAUUAACUAGAAAGAGAAUUUAAAAUCUUACAUAUUUUAAACCCUUU